GUGUUAUGCGGCAGUGGUAGUGCAUCGAGUCAUGAUUAUAUCGAAGAUUACGUGUGCUUGGGAGGUCCUGAAGCUCGUGUGCGCAAUGCAAGGUUGUCAUUUUAUAGUGGGCAUGCAUCGACGGCGAUGAAUGUGGCCGUGUUUUGUGUGAUGUAUUUGCAAGCGCGUUUACCGAGAAGAAUUUACGGCAUCUCCUUAUUGCCUCUAUUUCAAACGAUGUUAAUUGGUGGCGCCCUUUUGGUGGGAUAUUCGAGGGUGUCAGAUAACAUGCAUCAUCCAACCGAUGUUAUGGUAGGGUUCGCUGCGGGACUCAUGGUGGCCUUAGUUUCGGCGAAAUCUAUUCUUGUUUAUGUUGGUGGGCCGGUAGGGUGUAGGUUUGUGGCGGAUGGGGCAGUGGGGGUUGUGGUAAUUCGCCCAUUGAGAGUUUUGGCGAGUCGUCCGUACCCGAGUUGUAUUUGGGGUGUCGUCGAUUUGCCAAAAGCGAUUCAUUUUGCGCAAUUGUUCCGGCGGCGUAACGUCGUGUACCACAGCGAUGACGAGUUGAUUCCGUUUGCCGCAGCGGAAUCUGGGCAGGUGAUAAGAACGAUGGGUUAG